UAUAAAUAUAAAUGUCAUGUGGCAACACUGCUUAAGAGUUCGUUCAGAAAUAAUGGAUAAGGCUUCUUUUGUUUACCUAAUGUAUUGUCCCAUUCCUUUUUAACACAUGGUCUAUUUAUAACUCUAAUAUUCCAUGAUUAACAAAAAUGUGAUAAAGUUAACAAUAUUAAACAGUAAAACUUAAUAGUCAUCACGUAUUUUGUUUGGACAAUGUUUACGUCGCGUUCAUAAUCCGCGUAUCGAACAAGUGCUGUCAGCUGUGCUGCGACCGACAGGGCGAACUGUCAGAUGGUGAAUAGCAAAGGAGCGGUAGUGAGAUUAUUUUUAAUAAAUAUGUCUUUUUAUUUGCAUUUUCACACUCAUAGAUAAUCUUCGCGCAUAGCUUUAAGCUUUAGCGUGUUUAGUUAGGUAGUGAUAGUAAGGGCGGCCGCAAUAUGAGUUCGAGGGACCGGGACACUAAAUCGCUGCAGGACAAGCUGAAAGUGUUCUUCAAGAAGGGCGCUUCGGCGCCGCUGCCGGCGGUGAACGAGCUGGUGGUGACUGCGGAGCUCGAGCGGGAGCUGCGGUCGGACGCGGCGCCCGCGCGGCGGCUCCGCGCGCUGCGGGACCUCGGCGACCGCGUCCGCAUCACCAGGAUACAACAGGGCGGCGCGGAGAGACUAUGGGCGCUGAUGCGAGACCUCCUCGACGAUGGCUGCGCGGAGUCGCGACACACGGCGCUCUGGUUCCUGCGCUGUAUAGCCGAGGGACAGGAGUGUGCUGUGAUGCGGACUGUGCUGUUUCGGUAUCUGCGGGAAACGCACGCGCAGCAUGCCGCCGAGGACGCGCCACACCGCCUCUCGUUGCUGUCGACGCUCACCAACGCUGGCAAGAACAUCGAGUGCUUCGAGGAACAGAUCGGCGAAUACCUGCUGGAAUACAUGCGCAGCGUCGGCGAGACCGGCCCCGCGCUCCCUGAACUGUUGGCCCUCGUCAUCAACGUCGUCAAAUACAACGCAACCUACUUGGACGAACACGUCGUGCACGGCAUCGUGGACGCGUCCUGCCACCUCUGCGCGUACUCGGCCGAAGCCGGGGCCGUAGUGUCCGCCCUGGCGUUACUUGAAGCCGUCGUGGCGUAUUCGCUACUACCCAGAGCUGCGCUGCCGGCCUUCGUGGGAGCCCUGUGUCGCACCGUGAACCUGGAGCGCCACUGUCAAACUAGUUGGAAGCUGAUGCGGUCAGUCCUCGGCGCCGACCUCGGCCACGCCGCUCUACAAGAACUAGCGGCCGUCCCCGCCGCCGCCGCCAACAACGCCGACGGGAGCGACGCCGCCGCCGACGCCGGCGCCGUGCGUGGCGCCGUGUUCUACAUCAACAUGGCGCUCUGGGGUCCGCGCCGCGUGCCCAGCCUGCGCGUGUCGUUGCUGUGCGUCCUGCCGGCUCUAUUACAGGCGGUGAGCACGAACCAGCCCGUAGUAACCUACGAAGUCAUCCAAGCCAUCCAGAGUCUCGUGACCCGAGCCCCUCCCGACUCGCUUUGCGCCGCCUGGGACGUUUUAUUGGCCGUUCUAGCACACGCGCACAAACACGACAAGAGCCUGGAGCCGGCCAACGAGCUGAUCCACACCCGCCUCCACGCGCUCCUGACCAGCAUCGAGCAGCUGCACGAGAGCGGCCAGUACACCGGCGACACCUGUCAGCUGCUCGACCUCAUCGACGCCAGCGCGCAGGACCGACCGGAGGCGUCAGUGGUGCGGCUGAUCACGCUGCGCUGCGCGACGCUGUCGCCGGCGCGCGCGGAGUGGCCGGGCGCGGCGCUGGCGCUCGGCGACAAGUUCGUGCGCCGCGACGCGAGGCUCGGCGUCAGGAUGCACGCGCUGCAGCAGCUGCUCGCCGUCGUCAAGCGACACAGGUUCCUGUACGAGGAGGAGGUGGUGGUGGGCCUGGGCGUGCCGGUGCUGGGCUGGUGCUCGGGCGGCGGCGCGGACCCGCUGGGCGGGGGCGCGGACACGCUGCGCGCGGCCGCGGCGCGCGCCGCCGCCGACCUGGCCGUGCUGGCCGCCGGGGACGCCGCCACCGACCUCAUCGACCUGCUGGAAAAGAUAAUGAACCGGCCGUUUGAGAGUGAAGAGCCCGGCGAGUCGGACCCGGAGCCAGAUUUGACAGAUGUCACUCUCGCAGUCUCAGGUCUCCUGGAAGUGUUCCACGCGAAGCUGCUGCGGUCGCCGGCGGCGCACGCGGCGCGCGCCUGCCUCGUGCUGCUCGACCACCUCGACCACGCGCUCAACCAUCCCCGGUACCCCGCGCAGCACGCCAUCUGCAGGAAGAAGCUGCUGCGGUCGCCGGCGGCGCACGCGGCGCGCGCCUGCCUCGUGCUGCUCGACCACCUCGACCACGCGCUCAACCAUCCCCGGUACCCCGCGCAGCACGCCAUCUGCAGGAAGAAGCUGCUGCGGUCGCCGGCGGCGCACGCGGCGCGCGCCUGCCUCGUGCUGCUCGACCACCUCGACCACGCGCUCAACCAUCCCCGGUACCCCGCGCAGCACGCCAUCUGCAGGAAGAAGCUGCUGCGGUCGCCGGCGGCGCACGCGGCGCGCGCCUGCCUCGUGCUGCUCGACCACCUCGACCACGCGCUCAACCAUCCCCGGUACCCCGCGCAGCACGCCAUCUGCAGGAAGAAGCUGCUGCGGUCGCCGGCGGCGCACGCGGCGCGCGCCUGCCUCGUGCUGCUCGACCACCUCGACCACGCGCUCAACCAUCCCCGGUACCCCGCGCAGCACGCCAUCUGCAGGAAGAAGCUGCUGCGGUCGCCGGCGGCGCACGCGGCGCGCGCCUGCCUCGUGCUGCUCGACCACCUCGACCACGCGCUCAACCAUCCCCGGUACCCCGCGCAGCACGCCAUCUGCAGGAAGAAGCUGCUGCGGUCGCCGGCGGCGCACGCGGCGCGCGCCUGCCUCGUGCUGCUCGACCACCUCGACCACGCGCUCAACCAUCCCCGGUACCCCGCGCAGCACGCCAUCUGCAGGAAGAAGCUGCUGCGGUCGCCGGCGGCGCACGCGGCGCGCGCCUGCCUCGUGCUGCUCGACCACCUCGACCACGCGCUCAACCAUCCCCGGUACCCCGCGCAGCACGCCAUCUGCAGGAAGAAGCUGCUGCGGUCGCCGGCGGCGCACGCGGCGCGCGCCUGCCUCGUGCUGCUCGACCACCUCGACCACGCGCUCAACCAUCCCCGGUUCCACGCGCAGCUGCUGCGGUCGCCGGCGGCGCACGCGGCGCGCGCCUGCCUCGUGCUGCUCGACCACCUCGACCACGCGCUCAACCAUCCCCGGUACCCCGCGCAGCACGCCAUCUGCAGGAAGAAGAUCCUUGACAUGAUCUUCGGUCUGCGCGCGAACAUGUUCAACAGCGUGGGGUUCUGCUACGACAGCGCCGGGAGCCCCGUGUACGGGCCGGCGGCGCUGCGCAUCAAGCCGCUGUGCUCGCCGAGCUUGCUCGCCGAGCCGCUCGCCGCGAGGGGGCACCAUCCGCCGCCCAACACACAACAAGUGCCGGGAACGUGCAUCCUCCCAGUAGGCCGCUGCGCGCGCAUUCUGACCCUAGCCCUGAGCCGGGAGAAGGAGUGGUCCGUGUUACAACACGUCCUGCGAGCCCUACCGGGCCUGCUGCAGUCCAGGGCCCUCUGCGUCGGCCGCAGGGCUCAGGACCUGGACCUGCUGGCUUCCACUCUCUGCGCUAUGUUGUCGGACCGAAGCUUGGCGUUCCCCGAGUGCCUGCGCGGUCAGAAGGUGCUGGUGUCAGAACUCCAUGCAGCGGUGCUGCCCUCUCUAGGGGCCCUGGCGCCGUACCACGCCUUCCUGGAGCCGCUCACGCAACAGAGGGUAGUGCGGUGUCUGCUGCGCUACGGCAUGGUGCUCCGAACGCCGGCGCCGUACCUGGCGGCCCUAACGCAGUUCACCCUAGAAGCCCGUGACACCAUGGUGAAGCUACUUCCCGAGGUUCUACUGGACCUGUCCAAGGUGUCUGACACCAAGCUCAUCGCAGGACCAAUGCUUGAGUUUCUAUCCACACUAACCCGACUACCGCGAGUAUUCGCCUCGUUCGUGGAAGACCAAUACAUGUCGGUAUUCGCCAUCCUGCUCCCGUACACGAACCCGUCCCGCUACAACCACUACGUGGUCUCGCUCGCACACCACGUGGUCGCCGCCUGGUUCCUCAAGUGCCGGUUGUCCUAUAGACGGAACUUCGUCCGGUUUAUUAUACAUGGUCUGCACAACUACAUCAUCAUGCCGCGCGAGGAGCAGCUCAACCUCAAGGUGCACGCGCCGGCCAACGAGGACUCCAGCAACCGCAAGCGCAGCUCCAGCUUGGGGUCGCGCGGCGUGUCUGCGGCGCCGCUGGGGUCCGGCGCGGGCGCCGCGCGGGCCUCCGCGGCCUCCGCGUCCGCCGCCUUCCACGUGGAGCUCACCGAGACCUGCGUCGACCUGCUGGCGCGCUACACCGCCUCCGCCUGCAGCGUCAAGCCGCAGAGGAGUGACGCGGCAGAGUGGAUGUUCUCGGGCGGGCAGUCCAUGACGUGGCUGGUGGGGCACAAGCUGGUCACCAUCACCACCGCCGGCUGCAGCAUGAGCAGCAUCAAGCAGGGCAUGUGCGACAGGUGCGCGACGCUGUGCCGGCAGCACGCCGAGAGCGCCGCCAGCCCGCUGCCGCCGCUCGCGCUGCACGACGAACACGCCAAGCUGGUCCCACCGAGCGACGGGAGCCACGGGCAGAAUCACAACAACCUACAAGUCACCAACCCGCCCGAGAUCAAGCGCUACAGCAAGCACUCGCUGCAGCACUCGCGCUCGACCGACAACUCGGCCAGCUCCUCGCUGUCCGACCGGCCUGACACCAUGCCGUCCAGACAAAACUCGGCCGAAUACAACCCCAUAGUAGAGGCGCUCAACAAUUUCACGCAGCGCUUCGAAAAGAUCUCAAAAGAAGUGGACACAGAAGAAGCAGCCUGGUCGCGAGCAGGGGAGCUGGCAGCGGGCGCCUGCCCCUGUUGGUGCGCGGACUGGGCCGAGAUACACGUCCGCUCCCCCUCGGGAGACGUGUCCUGGCUCAUGCGGGUGCAGAACCAGAUGGGGUGGGAGAGCCAGGAGUCGUCGCUGCAGGACGUGCUGGCGCUGCUGGCGCCCGCGCCGGCCUCCUCGGCCUCCAGCGGCCUCGGCACCGACCGCACCAACUAUGCGUCGGAGAGUGAAGGCAGAUCGCGCAGCGGCUCGUCCGCCUCGCAGGCGGCGCACGCGCAGGACCUACACAAGUCUAGCUCGGACUCGGUGGUGGCGGGCGAGAGGAGGCCGCCGCACGCCGCCACGCACUGCAUCGGGCCCCCCCAACAACCGCAGCGUAUGAGCACGCAGCCGAUCAACAUCCCGGGGUCGCCGGUGCGCGGCGCCGCGCACGACGACGACAUGCUGCUCUACGUGCCCGAGGGCAAGAGCAGACACCCAGUCCGGCGCUCCAACUCGUCACCGGAGAUGUCGUCGUGGAAGCUCCCUGGGGACUCGCCCGCGGGCCCGGAGCCCCCCGCCGCCGACCCCGCGCUGCUCAUACUGCUGCCGGGCACCGAGCCCACGCAGUCUCAGUCCCUGCACGCGACCAAGAAAGCGAACAAGAAGAGCGACAUGCGAGUGUCGUGCGAGGCCAUCCCCGAGGAGAUGUCCGGCUCCUCCCCCCUCGCCGCGCCCAACCCGCCCCCGCAUCCCCACCUCAUGACCUACAACUCGGACCCGGGCAACACACAGUCGCAGUCCCUGCACGCGACCAAGAAAGCGAACCAGAAGAGCGACAUGCGAGUGUCGUGCGAGGCCAUCCCCGAGGAGAUGUCCGGCUCCUCCCCCCUCGCCGCGCCCAACCCGCCCCCGCAUCCCCACCUCAUGACCUACAACUCGGACCCGGGCAACACACAGUCGCAGUCCCUGCACGCGACCAAGAAAGCGAACCAGAAGAGCGACAUGCGAGUGUCGUGCGAGGCCAUCCCCGAGGAGAUGUCCGGCUCCUCCCCCCUCGCCGCGCCCAACCCGCCCCCGCAUCCCCACCUCAUGACCUACAACUCGGACCCGGGCAACACACAGUCGCAGUCCCUGCACGCGACCAAGAAAGCGAACCAGAAGAGCGACAUGCGAGUGUCGUGCGAGGCCAUCCCCGAGGAGAUGUCCGGCUCCUCCCCCCUCGCCGCGCCCAACCCGCCCCCGCAUCCCCACCUCAUGACCUACAACUCGGACCCGGGCAACACACAGUCGCAGUCCCUGCACGCGACCAAGAAAGCGAACCAGAAGAGCGACAUGCGAGUGUCGUGCGAGGCCAUCCCCGAGGAGAUGUCCGGCUCCUCCCCCCUCGCCGCGCCCAACCCGCCCCCGCAUCCCCACCUCAUGACCUACAACUCGGACCCGGGCAACACACAGUCGCAGUCCCUGCACGCGACCAAGAAAGCGAACCAGAAGAGCGACAUGCGAGUGUCGUGCGAGGCCAUCCCCGAGGAGAUGUCCGGCUCCUCCCCCCUCGCCGCGCCCAACCCGCCCCCGCAUCCCCACCUCAUGACCUACAACUCGGACCCGGGCAACACACAGUCGCAGUCCCUGCACGCGACCAAGAAAGCGAACCAGAAGAGCGACAUGCGAGUGUCGUGCGAGGCCAUCCCCGAGGAGAUGUCCGGCUCCUCCCCCCUCGCCGCGCCCAACCCGCCCCCGCAUCCCCACCUCAUGACAUACAACUCCGACCCCGGUUCGGGGUCGGCGCCCGAAGAUGGGCCCGCGCCGCAGCCCAUACAGAAGGUGGCGAGCGACAGCAUCGUGCAGGGCGUGGCGCCCGCGCACCCGCCGGCCGCCGCGCACGCGCACAAGCCCGCCCCCGCCCCCGCCCCGCCCCCGCCUCCUCCCGCCACUGUGGGCUCCAUGAGGGAGCGGGACGACCUGCCGCCGCUGUCCCGCUCCAAGCGCUCCAACACCAUCUCCGUCAUGAGCCCCACGAGGCGACACAGGUACACACACACUCCACUACUCCAAGGGUCGUCAUCAGCAACAUCGACGUCGUCGAGCGGGCGGUCGACGGCGGCGAGCAGCACGGGCUCGGGCGGCGGCGUCACCCCCUCCUUCGUGCUGCUGCAGCUCUACCACAAGAUGAGCACCUACCCCAUCACCCCGCCCGUGCCAGGCGAAGUGCCCAGCGCGCAGAAUCCUCUCGCAGAGCGACCGCUGCUGGUGUCCGGAGUACAACACGAGCGCACCAUCAAGAACCUGGACCGAGUGCCGCCCAUCGAGACCUACAAGGUGGGCGUGCUGUACGUCGGACCGGGACAGCAGGACAAUGAAGUUGAAGUGUUGAAGAAUGAAUACGGCAGCGUCAGAUAUGCUGAGUUCCUCGGUCAACUAGGCACCCUGGUAUCUCUAGCCGGCAGCGGCGCCGGUCUAUUAGAGGGGGCGCAGCAACAGCCUCUAUUCCUCAAUCUGGAGCAGGGAGGCAAAGACGGCAAAUACACGUAUGUGUGGCACGACGAUGUCAUGCAGGUGUUGUUCCACGUGGCAACAGCCAUGCCGGUGUCCGCCGCCGACCCCACGUGCAACGAGAAGCGCAAGUACAUCGGCAACGACUACGUCUCCAUAGUGUACAACGACUCGGGCGGAGACUUCCCCAUACAAACCAUCAAGGGCCAGUUCAACCUGUGCAUCGUGGUAGUGGAGCCGUUCGAGCACGGGCUGCACCGCGUCCACAUCAAGACCAAGGACGAGCGCAUCCGCAGCAAGUUCCUGCCGCACCUCGACAACUGCGCGCACGUCGUGUCCGACCACUGCGCCGCCACGCUCGCCCGCCAGCUGGCGCUGCACUGCGCCCUGGCGUCGCACAUAUCGCAGUCGCUGUCGAUGGGCGGCGGCUCGGCGCCGUACGCGAGCAACUCGCUGGAGCGGCUGCGGCACAUCAAGCGGCUGCGGCGCCGCGUCGAGGACGAGCGCCUCGCGCACGCGCGCCGCGCGCCCAAACCCUACGCCCCGCAAGGAGACACCGCGCGCCGGGUCGCCAUGGAUGACUUCAACGACUACACUUAAAUACCUUACCGAGCUGCUCGGCCGAACUGCGUCGGUCUAACGAACCGACUCGGCCUAGUCGACCCGACCACCGAAC